GAGAGGGAUGACUCCGACGAUGAAGACAUUCCGCUGCACCACAAACGCUCGUUUGGCGCCGGGCUGAAGCGCAAGAGGAUCGAGUUCGUCAGAGCCACAGAUGCGGACGCGGGCAACACCGUCAAGGACACGACAAAGCCAAGCACGUCCAUUGCAGACGUCUACGCAAGCAUAGUCCUGGGAAGCAGCUCAAAGGAAUCCUCAGCAACGCCUCAGGGCGCCAGCGAUGAAAAGGAUGGCCAGAACGAGGGCGACGCUGACUCCUCUACCAAGGAGCCGGAGCCUCCCAUAUGCCCCGUCUGCUCCCUCCCCAUCACGACGUCGCAGCAGCAACACGAGGCCUCGCUCGCCCACCAAGUGAGUCUCGAGCACUCGCAUCCACCGUCGGCAUUAGAUCGAUCGCGCAUGGGCUUGCGAGCACUGGAGUCGCAGGGCUGGGACCCCGAUUCCCGGCUGGGCCUGGGCCGCACCGGCGAGGGCGCCCGGUUCCCGAUCAAGGCGGCCCGGAAGGAGGACACGCUGGGGCUCGGAGCGACGAAGCCGCAGGUGGUGGAGGUGAAGGAGAAGAAGCCGCAGGCGCUGAGCCGCAGGGAGAUGCGCGCUUUGGCGGAGCGGGAGAGGAGAAAGGGGGAGAGGCUGCAGGCUGAGAUAUACGGACGGGUGGAUGUGGAAAAGUAUCUA